AUUCCAUGGGACGCAACUCGGAACUUUUGACGAUGGCGGAACAACCGCCGUGGGAAGACCUGCCCUCGCUGUGCUGGGAGGCAGUCCUCCGUUCUUUGCGCUCCAAUGCAGACCUCCAGUCUUUCUCCUCCGUCUGCAAGCGAUUCCUUGACAUCUCCAACGCCUUCCGCACCUCCCUCUCCAUCCCCAACCGAUUGACCCCGUGCCUCGGCUCCCUCCUCUCGCGGCGCUUCACAUACAUCAAGUCCAUCGACCUCAGCUCCUUCCGUGGCAAUCCAUCCUCCGUCCUUCUCCAGAUCGCGCAGUUCCCAUUGCCCCUCGAGCACCUCGACCUCUCAAACCAGGAGUCCCUCCGCUUCGAUGGGUUGCGCGAGAUUGGGUCCAAGUUCGGGGCUUUGAGGGUCUUGGUGCUGUCCAAGAUUGGGCUUUUGGCGGACGACGAGUUGGUUUCAAUCGCGGACUACUUUCCCUUGCUCGAAGAGCUCGACAUUAGCUAUCCGAGGCUGAGCUGGGUCACGGAUGACUGUAUCUCAGUCCUGUCGCAGAAGCUGCAGAGACUGUCGCGAAUCGAUGUUUCAGGUAAUCUGUCUCUCUCUGAUCAGUCUCUUGUGGUUCUGUCAGUGAAUUGCCUGUGUCUGAGGGAAAUUGUGUUUAGGCUAUGUAGCUUAAUUACUGGGAGAGGUAUUGCUUCGUUGAUAAAAAGGAGACCUCACUUGGUCUCUUUGGCCCUAACUGGCAUGAAGAUGGACCGAAUUUUCUAUGAGGAGUUGGUGGAUUCGUUUGGUUACGCGGAGAGUCUGAGCAGUCUGGAUUUCUCGGGGCCAUUUAUCUGGGAUGGGUUGCUGAUGUCUGUGGCGGAGGCGAAUAUUCCGCUAGAGAGGCUCAAUCUUUCAGAUGCUUCGGGGUGGUUUUCGUUCAAUGGGAUUCGGAAGAUCAUGCUAAAGCACCGGGGCAUCAAGAUCUUAGAUUUGAAGAAAGUAGAUUUCCUCGCGGAUGGAAACAUGAGCGUGAUAUGUAGAGAUCUUCGCAGUCUGAACUCAGUUAACUUCACCCACUGCUUCAAUCUCACGACAACCACAUUGUAUAACCUCAUGAGACAUUGUCCCUUCCUAAAGCAAAUCAUUAUGGAAUGGACGAACCUAAGGAUGGAUGACGGUAAUGAAACAGAUAUGGUGGUGAAUUCUCAAGUGAGGUCUCUUAGCAUAGCAGGUAAUGUGAAUUUGACCGACGACUGCCUCAUGAAGAUCGGGGGUAUGUGCCCCAACUUGUGGUAUCUUGAUGUUGGCGUUUGUUUGAAGAUAACGGGAGACGGCAUUUCGGGUGUGCUGAAGAGCUGCCCUGAAAUCAAGCAUUUGGAGACGCAUUAUUUAGAAAACUUAGGGAAUCUAUGCAUCGACUUUGAACUCCCACAGUUAGAGUGCUUACAAGCAGAAGGCUUGAAACUCAGCGACAAGCAACUAGCGGCAUUUAUAAGCAGAUGUUGCCAUCUCAAGCGUCUCAACUUACAGGAGUGUGUGCAUCUGUCGACCAAAGGGGUAGAAAAGGUGGUGAAGAAUUGCAAGGCAUUGAGGGAGAUAAAUCUGAGGGGCUGCCAUAGGGUACGCGACGAUGUCCCAUUUCUAGAUUGGAUGGUGUCUGUGAGGCCAUCGUUGAGGAGAAUAGUCCCACCCCACAGAUUCGUUUCAUCCAAAAUCCAAGACUUCUUCUUGCAGCGUGGUUGUCUUGUCUGUCAUUAUUAUGAUUUUAAAAAGUUAGAAGCGAAGCCAAUUGAGCAACAAUGUAGUCUUUACUGAUUUUCUCUCUUGAAGAUCCUAGAAUGUUUACGCUUGGCUUAAUCAAAUUUGGUCGUAAAAUCUGUUUGCAUUC